CACGUCGCCAGACCCAGUCACUCCCGGUCACGUUCCCCAGUUCCGACCAGCCAAGCAUGCCGACCCCAGCUCCGCCGAGCUCGGCGCCGGGCUCCGGGGCCGUCGGGGUGCCGCCCGUGGAGCUCUGCGAGCGGCUCUUGCAUCAGUUCAGUGCCUUCCAGGUGAAAGCAAAAGCCAUCCAUGAGCAGGUGGAAUUGAUGCGUGUCCCUGUUGACACGACCUACGUGCAGGAGAUGCUCUUGGACUAUGCCGCAGGCAUUGCCGUGGAGUUGAACCGGGCCCGUGAGAAGCUUCGAAGGGCGGGGCGAGCGGAGAAUGCCAGGGAUGAGCAGCUCUCCUUCUGCCUGGCUGUCGUCGAACUGAUUACGGAAGCCAUGCUGAAUCCGUCAGCGGUGGCGCCCGGCCUGCUGCGGUGGUACAGCCGGCACUACCUGGAAGGCGAGGAGGAUGUCUCCGAUUGGUUUCGGGAAGCGCAGGAUGCUUCCGAGGACGUCUUGAACAAGGACUCCGCCUUUUGGCCUGCCGUUUGUCGACUGGCCUUGGCGGACUACAAGGCUGAGGUUCAAGAGCUCCUGGAGCUUGUGGCUCAUGAGGAUCAGCAAAUUCAGCAGUUUUGUGAUUUUCUUUCCCAGAUCCCAUCCAUGCGACAGAUGGAGCAAGCGGGUGCCACGGCGGUGGAGUUCCGCCAAGUCAUCGCAGAGAUGCAAGGCGAGGCGCGGAAGCUGCAGGUCUCCGAGUCACAUCCGCUACACCCGCUGAUCAGUGUUUAUGGUGGGUGCAGCCAAGCGGAGUUUGAGGCCAACAAGGAUGUGGCCUGGAAAUUCAGCCGCACCUGGAUCGAAGACUUUGUCUUCACGCAUGCCUGGGUGUUUCCAGACCUAAGACGAUCUGAGCUGGGUGAGUUGCUACAGGCAGUGACUCGAAGGCGCCAAGAAGACAAGGUUGAUCAAGUGGAUCUCGUUUUCAUGGCGUCACUGACCUCCAAUGUGCCCAGCCUGUUGGAGUUGUUGUCAUCAAUGCCGGAGAAUUUUCCCAGCUUUUUUCAGGUUCAUGUGGUCGAUUUGCUCUACUAUGCUGGUCGGCUGCCAGUCUCUGCUGAGACACCUGAGGGGCAGAUGCCCAUCCGGGAUCAGCAUUUGAUGGCCUAUGCGGAGGAUUUGAGCCGGGGCACACCUCGUUUGUGGGGCUUUGCUUUGAAUUAUUUGCGUGCAGGUGGGCCCUCCACUAGAGAAUUCUUAGAGACUUUGGCGGACAAAUAUUGUGGCAGUGCAGUGGAAGAUGAGCAGCUCCUUUGGGAAGUGCUAGCCUUGCUGGAAGAUCUCGAGCUCAGUGAGCUGGGGCGUCAACACUGCUGGCGUCGUGCACGUCUUUUGCACCAAGAAAGCGACCUGUUGGGGGCCUUGAGUUGGGCCUGCUGGGCGGUGGUGGGCAUGCCGAAGCCCAAGCGCCGGCCAGAGGCGGACCAGGUGGCCGAACGCGGUGCGGCGGAGAUCUCCGACUUCUGCGAUGAGAUGGGGAGAGAGAACAUGGCGGCAUUGCUCUCUGCCUUAGCACCUGCGAACUUGGAAGAGUCCUUUGAUGAUUGCCCCUCUCCCGCGUUGCUGGGCGCCCUGGCACCUCCAGGAGCCCCCAGGCCAUUACCCACCCUGCCGGCAUCUGCGCGUCUGUACUUCUAUAUCCAGUAUUCACACUGCCACGCUCUUCAAAGGGCACGGCGGCCAGCGGCCUCCUGGGCACCUGUGCUCGUCAAAUUGCUCUCGCACGGCUUUGCGCCAGCAAACGUGCAGCUACAUGUCCUUCAGGAAGAGCUAGCCACGGCAUUGGACGAAGAUCCUUGUCCCUUCGAGCCCGAGGAAGUCUUGGCGCUCAUGAGGAUUGCGCAUGUUGCAACCUCUCAGGGCACGGUGAAGUGUAGCAAAGAUGAGCUCCACACUUUGCAUCGUUCACUGGGCAUGUGCUUGAGCCGCGCCAUUCUUCAAGGAUCUGGUCGCUUUGGUGCUUCAGCCACAGGAGGCUCAGCAUCACCACUACUGAUGGCGUAAGUGCUGAGGGUAUGGCACAGAGGGUUGAUAAAAAGAGG